AUGGUCCAGAAGAUUUGCGUCGCAUUUGCCCUGCUGGCCUGUGUGGUCAUUCGAGCAGCUCCUUUCCAUAAGGGAGCAACCAGUCAUGCCUCCGUGCAUCUGGUCUCCCAUGACGAUCACAAGGGAUCCCAUGACCAUCAUGGUCAUGGCCAUGACGAUCACCACGACUCGCAUUCCGAGUACAAUUUCAAGUAUGGCGUCAAGGAUCCCAAGACAGGCGAUGUCAAGGAGCAUAGCGAAUUUCGUGAUGGACACAAGGUGACUGGACACUAUGAACUGAUCGAUGCCGAUGGACACAAGCGCACUGUCCACUAUACGGCCGAUAAGCACAAGGGCUUCGAGGCCCAGGUGCACCGCGAGAAGGUGCAUGGCCAUGUGCCCGUACACCAUGGACACAGCGGCUAUGAGGGUGGCCAUGUUGAGUUUGAGGAGCACUCACAGGCGGAACACUCAGGACACUCCGGCUACUCUGGACAUGGUCAUGAUGAUCACCACUCCCAUGGCUCUGAGCAUGGUCAUGGCCAUGGCUCCAGCUCCAACAGCUACUCAUUGAAGCAGGAGCAUGGCACCGGACACAGCCACGGUGGUGCUCAUGGUGGUCAUGGACAUGGACACGAGGAGGCACACAUUGUCUACGAACACGAUGGUGGCCACGAUGGUGGCUAUGAGCACGCCUAUGCCGGACACGAGCACAGCUACCACUAA